AUGACAAGAUCGAAGAGAAUCUCCAAGACAAGGACACCUACUCCAAACUCAACAGAGACCCAACUCAGGCCAACAAAAGGAAAAAUCCACCAACCACUGCUGACCCUACACCGAUCCGAUGCACUACCCAAGGCACUCUACUUCCAACUCAGAUCUUCUUCAGCCAAGUCACGUAUCCUAUUCGGACAACCCAAGAUGCACAAGCCUAACACUCCUCUCCGCCCUAUGAUCUCCAUCCGCGGGUCACCCUGCUACAACACAGCACGCCAUCUGGCCAACAUCCUCCAACCACUCGUAAGCCAGACCCAGCACCAUGUCACCAACUCCAAGCACUUCAUAGACGUCAUCUCCAAGACCCAGCUCUGGCCCUCCGACACACUCGUCAGCUUUGAUGUCGUCUCCCUCUUCACCAGCGUACCUGUAGACCAAGCAUGUGACAUCAUCAAGCAACGCCUGAUCACCGACUCAGACAUAGCAUCCAGAACCAAUCUCACACCAGACCAGAUCCACGACCUCCUCCUCACCUGUCUCAACUCCUUCAAAUGGCGCAACAACUACUACAAACAACUACAAGGAGCAGCCAUGAGUUCACCCCUCUCACCAAUCAUCGCUAACAUCUUCAUGGAACAUUUCGAGCACCAAGCACUCAAGACUGCGGACAAACUUCCUUCACUCUGGCUCCGCUACGUCGACGACACCUUUGUCAUCUGGCCGCACAGCACACCCGACCUUCACCAGUUUCUCAACCACCAGCAACCCAGCAUCAAGUUCACCAUGGAGACCCAACGCGACAAAUCAAUUCCAUUCCUAGACGUUCUCAUCACUAAGACACCGUCUGGAUUCCCAUCUCACCAGGUGUACCAAAAACCUACCCACACAGACCGCUACCUCAAUUUCCGCUCACACCACCACCCAUCCGUCCACCAAUCAGUCGCCGACACUCUCGUCAGAAGAGCCCACCAACUCAGCGACAAGGCACACUUACAACACGAACUCAAACACGUGACCAAUGCACUCACCACCAUCAACCAUUACCCCAGAAGAAGGAUCAACACUCAACCGUCCAGCCACCAACCCAGCACCAACAUCACCAAAAACCCAUCCAAGUCCAUCGCCACCAUAGUACUUCCCUACAUCGGCAAGACUUCACACCGACUGCAACGCAUCCUUCACUCUGCCAAUAUCCUCGUCAGACACCAAUCCUCUCGUAAGCUACACUCCAUCCUUGACUCUCACAAGGACAAGCACCCACCCAACAAGCAACCAGUUUGA